AUGCAGUGGGGGAACAGAACGCAAAUAUUUCUCCUGGUUGGUUUUCCUGGAAGCCUUGGACUUCAGAUGUCACUGUUUAUUCUUUUUCUGCUCAUGUAUGUGUUGACAAUAACAGAGAAUGUGGUGAUCAUUGUAUUAAUCCAGGUGAAUGUCACACUUCAUAAGCCUAUGUACCUUUUCCUAAGUCAUCUUUCUUUCCUGGAAAUCUGCUAUGUUUCUGUCACUGUUCCAAAAAUGCUUACAGGCUUUGUGACAGAAAAUAAAUAUAUCUCUUUUGCUGGUUGCAUGGGUCAGUUGUACUUUUUCCUGGCUCUGGCAUGCACCGAGAGUGUCCUGCUAGCUGUCAUGGCUUACGACCGCUAUGCGGCUAUAUGCAAUCCCUUACGCUAUCCUUCCAUUAUGAGACGAGAACUAUGUAUCCGCUUGGCAGUUGGUUCGUGGAUUAGUGGCUUCUUCAUAGCCAUGUGGAAAGUCUUCUUCAUCUCACGCCUGAGUUAUUGUAGACCUAACAUCAUCAACCACUUCUUCUGUGAUGUCUCCCCACUUCUCAAUCUGGCCUGCACUGAUAUGUCAUUGGCUGAACUCAUGGACUUCUUGCUGGCAUUGCUCAUUCUCCCUGUUCCACUUGCUGUGAUAAUUGUGUCCUACAUCUUCAUAAUCUCUGCUAUUCUUCACAUGCCUUCAGCCAAAGGGAAGCAAAAGGCUUUUUCUACAUGUGCGUCACAUCUUCUGGUUGUGACAAUUUUCUAUGCUGCCUCUCUUUUCAUAUAUGCAAGGCCAAAAGCCCUCAUCUCCUUUGACUCCAACAAGCUGAUAUCUGUUAUGUACACUGUUCUGACACCACUUCUCAAUCCAAUCAUCUACUGCUUCAGGAAUCAAGAAUUCAAGGUUGCUCUCAGGAAAGCACUGCAUGGGCCAAGCAGGCACUUAGGCUAG